CCAACCAGGCACUGCGGAAUUGUUAUUAUUAUUAUUCUUUUUUUUUAUUAUUAUUAUUAUACGCCUAUUAAAAUAUGUGCUAUACAUAUAAUAUUAUUAAGCUUCAGCCGUUCAGUGUUCAUCGCGACCAGGACUGAAGCAGUCGUGUUCGCGCUCGCGCGUGGUGUUCUCACAUUGUGAUACGCUCGUUGCCGGAUUUCUCCGAUUCUUCUCUCCGUCCGUUUUCGCUGCACACGAUCCACCACGCACUUAAUAUUAGCAGCAUCAUAAUGCGUACAUGAAACUCAUUCCGACUGCGAUUUUUUUUCAUCUUCAAGUAUGCCCGAAAAUGUCAAAUCGUCCACCAUUGAAAUUGUCAAAAACAAUGGUUACGCUAUUGAAGUACACGAUGUCGUUACGGACGACGGUUACAUCCUGGAGUUACAUCGCAUCCCGAAAAACAAGGACGGACAAGAACCCACUAGAAACCAUCCGGUGUUCCUACACCACGGCAUUUUAGGAAGCUCCGCGGAUUGGGUACUCGGCGGGGCUGAUAUAUCGUUACCGAUGCAACUAUCCAACGCUGGGUACGAUGUGUGGAUGGCCAACUGCAGGGGUAACACUUAUAGCAGAAAGCACUUGUCGAUGAAUUUCAAGCAAAAAGAUUUUUGGAAUUUUAGCUUACACGAAGUCGGAACGUUUGAUUUACCAGCUUCGUUCGACUACAUUCUAUCAAAGACCAAUGCCACGCAACUCCAUUAUAUAGGAUAUUCGAUGGGGACGUCUGUGUUUUUUAUUAUGGCUUCAGAAAAACACGAAUACCAUCAAAAGAUUAAGUCGCAAAUCAGUCUUGCACCGGUUGCCUACUUGUACAACACAAGAUCGUCUGUGAGACAUAUCGCUCCAUACGCGAAGAAGAUGAAUACUAUGUAUCAAUGGGUUUCCAAUGGAAUGUUUAUGCCUCAAUCAAAGAUGCAAUCUUUUUUGGUAACUAAUUCGUAUGGAGAAAAAAUUGCACAGACUAUGUUUUGUCAAAAAUGCAUAUCUUAUGCUGUAUCUUCCGUGUGUGGUAGUGAAACGUAUACUUUUGAAAACAAAUUACUACCACUCGUCAUUGAACACUUUCCAGCAGGAACGUCAGCCAAGCUUACCACGCAUUUCGCACAGCUUAUAUUGAAAGACUGUUUUAGUCGAUACGAUUACGGUCCAAUUAUGAAUUUACAACAUUAUAAUUCUACCGAACCUCCAAUGUACGACUUGAGAUCAAUACAAGUGCCCAUUGCGUUGAUAUAUGGAAAAAAUGAUGUAUUGACCGAUGUAGAGGACGUAAUGAGACUGAAAUCACAACUUCCUAAACUGGUGGACGUCGUUCCGGUCGACAGUUCGCGUUGCAAUCACGUGGAUUUUUUGUGGAGUCUAGACGUGACCAAACAAGUAAACAUGAAGGUAACGGAAAUACUACAGAAGACUGACCACCCGGACUGGGAGUUUACGGGUCCUCCCGCGGGCCCCUGUGAAGAUAUUACCACCGACAACGACGGUCCAGCGAUUAAAGGACAACAACCAAACUCGACCAACGAUCAUCACGAAUUAGCGAACUUUGUACUGGUACCGGAAUACUCGUCUGGUGUAACUCCGGUGCAGCGGGACGUUGACGACGACGACGAGUCGGCGGAGCUCGCACGAGAACAGAGACUGCAGCAAAAGGUACAGAUGUUUGGCAACUUGAUAAUGUUGUUCAAGUCUACCGAAACAAAGUACCAGCAACUCCGGAAUGGUCUGACCAGGGAGUUAUCCGAGUGGACUCGCGGCGCCCGAAACGUGAUCGGAACUCGUCACUUGGUAGGAAGUGACUCUGCAGUUGUUGUCGCCGAGCCGGAAGACACGCCGUCGGUGGGCUGUGCGAUCGUGGAAAAAACGGAACAAUCGAUCAUGGAGUCGCAGUGCACCGAUAAAGUCAGCGACUUCGGCGAUUAUCGUGGUGGUCCGAACCAUAUGGAUGACCGUACGGCGACGACACGCGCAUUUUACACCACGUUCGGCAAUCUCGGAAGAGCCAUCAGGUUCUUGAAGUUCCGCCACAAAUAGACUGGUAUUUCGCAAGACUCCUCAUAUAAUAUCCUUCGUACCUAUUACAAUUUGUUUGGUUUUUUUUAUAGAUUUAUAUUUACUUAUAUUAUGUAUAACACUCGUAUACCAUACGCGUAAAUGCGUAUUAUAAAUGUUUAUUUAUAUUAUGUAGAGGUGCUACACGCCUAUUAAGCCUUAACAUUUUUUCUUUAUUUAACCAGUGCUUUCAUAUAUCUAAUCGGACUAUACUUGCGACCGCACACGUCUAAGCGUCACCGGAAGUCCGACAUAGCGUAUAUUAUUAUAUAUUGUAUAUCGGUUUGUACGAUCCGUAGAAAGAUAAUUUUUUUUAAUAAUAAAAUUGUUUUGUGAUUUAAUA